CAGUACGCGAGAAACGGUUCCUCCUCCUUCGCAGAAAAACGCACGGAUGUGCAUGUUCCAGGAGGAGAGUAAAAACCUCCUCCCGGUGCUUUCUUUUGCAGAAAGCUGGCAGCGGUGUGAGGUUGCCAGUUUUGGAGCUUGUUUUCCCCUUAAAUUGGACCCUUCAAGCUAUGAUUGCCUGGGCUCGAUUUGCUCUCCGUUCUCCGUGGUGGAGCUGCUGCUGCUGCUGUCGCACCGCACGGAAAUAACGACACUUUAAUGACACCAGCCUGAAGUGAAUACGCAGCCUCACAGGGAGUCAACACACCAGGGAAACUGUAUUGCUCCUGGCAACCACAGGUGGAUCAUUAAAGACUGGGUGAGCCAUCAGUCACUCACCCCACAGUGUCAACGUCUGAGCGUUGAUUAACCAGGAGCCAUCAAGCUGAACAGAAUUGGUGGAUUUACCAAUCCUGUGUUGUCUGAAAAAUAACAACAGGGAAUGCUCAUUGGACAGCAGUGAUAUCUUGGAGCCCAACUGGUUUUGACUGUAACAUGUCUCUACUACUACUACCCAGGCGGAGGAAAAUCAGGACUUUUGCUCUGCUGUUUUGCGUCAUUACAUUUACAACAUUCCUGUUCAGUUACACUUUCCAGGACCCCUCGCUCUAUUUCUUCAAGUUCUUUCUCCCCAAAGGGCUAUGUGCCUGUCAGCAGUGCAUGACGGAGCAGGAGGACGAUCCCUGGUUUGCGGAGCGCUUCAAUCAGUCCGUCCACCCUCUGAUGACCAGGGAGAACUGCAUGCUCUCUGAUGAAACCUUUAAAUGGUGGCAGUGGCUGCAGUCAGAGAGUCACCCAGCCAACUUCAGUGAAGUGGUGGAGGAGCUGUUCCAAGUGAUCCCUGAUGAGGUGCUCUACGUGGACGCCAGCCCCGAGCGCUGCAGGACCUGCGCCGUGGUGGGGAACUCUGGGAACCUGAAGGGGGCCCAGUACGGCGACCUCAUUGACUCCAGUGAUUUCAUCAUAAGAAUGAACCAGGCGCCCACCAAUGGUUUCGAGGAGGAUGUCGGCAGCAGAACGACACAUCAUGUCAUGUAUCCAGAAAGUGCCAUAGAUCUGGACAACACCACCAUUCUGGUGCUGAUCCCCUUCAAGACUCUGGAUCUGCAGUGGAUCAUUAGCGCCCUGACCACGGGCACCAUUAAAUACACGUAUACACCGGUUAUGUCCAGGAUAAAGGCAAACCGAGAUAAGGUGUUGAUUUACAGUCCAACAUUUUUCAAAUACGUCUACGAGUGUUGGCUUGAAGGUCAUGGACGGUAUCCUUCCACCGGCUUCCUCAGCUUACUGCUCGCUAUCCACAUAUGUGAUGAAGUCAGUGUGUUUGGAUUCGGUGCAGACCAGAAUGGAAACUGGCACCACUACUGGGAGGAGAGCCCUUUGGCCGGAGCUUUCCGACACACGGGAGUCCAUGAUGGAGAUCACGAAUAUAAUGUCACUCUGCUGUUGGCAGACAAGCACAAAAUCCGAAUGUUUAGAGGCAGAUGAUGCCAAGCCCAUAUGUGCGGCGGGAUGAUCACCAAACGAACCUCUGCAGCCUUUCAAUGUUUAUUUUUCCUUUCGCCUCACGCUGGAAGAACUUUCUUUUUUCUUUUUUCUUUUUUUUGGUCGUGAUUUCCAAGACAUUGUCAAAUGAACUCUUCUGGUCUGUCCACUUUCUUUAUCAUAUUUAAAGGGUAAUUUCAGUUUUUGUCAACAUGCACCCUAUUUUCCUAUGUUUUUGGGUUUAAGUGACUGAUGGAAACCCGAGUCUUUGAAAUUGGUCGGGUAUAAAGCGAGAACGCCGUGAGCAGCUGCCACAGACCGGGCUGCAAUGUAAUCCUAUAGGCCAAAUGUGCAUUGUUAAUUAUGUCCACUAAUAAUGUUGUCAGACACUUAGAAUAAUAAUCUGAGCCUUUCAGUGGCAAAAUAAAGCACUUUUAAAGUC